UUAUCUCAAUAGUUUAAAGAUUUAAAUGAAAAAGAUAAUUAAACCAUUGUAGCAGAAAGAAAAUAGACGAACGCAACAUAGAAUAAACCAGUUGAAGAUGAGGCACGAAGACGACGAAGAGGAACCACCUUUAGCUGUUCAGAUUCAAGGCGAUGAUGAAUCUGUUUCUCAGCAAUCUUCCGUUGGGGUUACCCUCAUCACUGGCUAUCUUGGUUCUGGCAAGUCUACUCUAGUAAACCAUAUUUUGAAUUCGCAACAUGGGAAGAGGAUUGCUGUCAUAUUGAAUGAAUUUGGUGAGGAAAUUGGCGUGGAAAGAGCAAUGAUAAAUGAAGGGGAUGGUGGUGCAUUGGUUGAAGAAUGGGUUGAGCUUGCCAAUGGGUGUAUAUGUUGCACUGUCAAGCACAGUUUGGUUCAAGCACUUGAGCAGCUUGUGCAGAGAAAGGAAAGGCUUGACCAUAUAUUGUUGGAAACCACUGGAUUGGCAAAUCCAGCACCUUUGGCAUCUGUUCUUUGGCUGGAUGAACAGUUGGAAUCAGAAGUGCAGCUUGAUUCUAUCGUCACUGUGGUGGAUGCCAAAAAUGUUCGUUUCCAGCUUAAUGAGCAUCGUGACUCAUCUUCAUUCCCUGAAGCAUAUUUACAGAUAGCAUUUGCGGACAUUAUAAUUCUUAACAAGGUUGAUUUGGUAUCUGCAGAGGGCUCUGGAGCUCUGGAGGAACUUGAGGAGGAAAUCCAUAACAUUAACUCCCUCGCAGAGAUAAUUCAUUCUGUCCGAUGUCAAGUUGACUUGUCUAAGAUCUUGAAUCGCCAAGCAUACGAUACUGCACAUGCCACUCAUUUAGAGACAUUGUUAGAAGAAAGUCGUUCUUUGUCUACUAAAAAGCUUCAUGAUAGUGGCGUGAGAACCAUAUGCAUUUCUGACAUACAGACAGUUGAUAUUGAUAAGACUCGUUUAUGGCUUGAGGAGAUUCUCUGGGAAAAGAAAUAUGAUAUGGAUAUAUACCGUUGCAAAGGAGUGUUAAGUGUUCAAAAUUCUGAUCAACUGCAUACAUUGCAGGCAGUGAGGGAACUAUAUGAGAUUGUUCCAGCUCGCAAGUGGGAAAAGGAAGAAAACCGGAUGAAUAAGAUAGUCUUUAUAGGUACCUUGAUGAGUCAUAAUCUGAAAGAAGAUGUUCUAAUUAAUUCCUUCAGAGCUUGUGCUACAUGUUAAGCUGUAUUUGUUCCCAUUUUGUGGAUAAUAGCUGGAUAAUCAAUGAUUUGCUGAUGAUUAUGAGAUUCAACCAAAUCACAAUGUGUUUAAAUCUUAGGUGUUUUCAAAUCCUAGGUCAAGUUCUUGGAUGCCAUCUUGCUCAAGUCAUAAGAAUUUAAAGUUUUCCAAUAUCUCUCUCUCUCUCUCUCUCCUCAAGUAGUAGUUUACAUGCAUCUCUUACCCAUUCUUCUUUCUUCACUGCCACUCUGCCACAUUUUGAUCUUUAACUG